AUGCGAUUAUCUGAAGGCUUAAUGUUAUUAUUUAGUCCUAGAAUCUACGACACUACUGAGAAUACACGGCCUAAGAAAUGGUCAUCAAAGUUGAAAUUGAACACAUCAGGCAGCUCGAAAUCUUCAGAAAAAUCUCCGGAGAGUCCUUAUAUGUACGGAACUAUAGGGCCUGGAGGUUCAUCUUUAUCAAAAUCAAUGAAGUAUGCAGAGACCUGGUUGUAUGGGUCCGUUAGGACUCAAACCUCGCCAAUUAGACCAAGUGUGUUCUCUGCUUAUCCUGAAGUACCUGGCCCUGUAUUAAUAAGCACUCCUCAAAAACCUCAACCGCAUAAUUAUGCGGUUAUUCUGUGUUCCUGUCCCGAAUAUUUAAAUGGGACGAAAAAAACCAGCUCUACCAAAGUCAGUAUUUGUAAGAAAUGCAAAGGAUCUCGGUUGCCAUUAACCAUAGCUGAAAGCCCACGAUUAUUGCUAGGAGGUACCGUUAGAGGUCCACAAGUUAGUCGUGAUAAUGGUUUAUUAAGAGCUGGAACGGUAAGAGUACAAGGAUCAAAGUCAAGACCCACAAUAUUAAAGAAUAAUGGGGAAGCAGACCCAUACGAUUUGAUGAGAAGAAGUAGACUUGCACCACCACAUGAGACAAGGAUCGGCAGUCAAUUCUCAACGACACGGUCGCGAGCUAAAAGUAUAAGUCCUUGCAGAGCUAAAACUAAAAAACCAAGUCCAGAGACUCUUCGCAAGAGCAGAAGCAAAUCUGUAAGUCGUGUAAAUGAUUUGUGGAUAGAAGAGGAAACAAAUGCUAAUGAGUCAAAUAAGUCCAUUUUAGCUUGUGACAUAAAUCCCUACGACCUAGUUAAGUCAAAUGGAAACUCAAAGUCUUUAGCUGAAAUUGAAUUCGAUGACGAUUAUUGUGACAUAUUUCAGGAGUCAUUAAAAAAUAAUUCUUUAAACAAAUCUAAAUGCGAUACAAAUGUUAAAGCAAUUAGUGGUCAAAGAAUAAGGGUUUCCGAUGAUUCUAAAUCAUGCACAGUUGAUGAAGUGUAUGGUCCUAUCAAUUAUGAUCUCAAAAAAUCAGAUAAUAAAUCUUCGGAAGUAUCAACGUCUGCUUACUUGCCAAAUAUUAAAAAUGAACCUAAAAAAUCUAUGUCGUUAAGUAAAACUACUGGCAAGAAGUUGACAAACAUUUCAAUUCACAAUCGUACAAAACAAAAAAGUACUUCUCCUAAGCGCCCACCACGUAGGAUAAGAAAUAUCAAAACUGAUGACGACAGUGAAAGUGACAACCAGCGCUUUCCAGAUAGACAUACCUCUAGAAAAUCUGGAAGUGAUUCAACACGACACCCUAAAUAUAAGAAUCAAAACAAUGAUACUAUAAAGUCAAUUCUGAAAAAGCCCAGAAACUAUGACUCCCAUGAUGUGAGUAAAAGAAUUGAUACAUCAGAUGAUUCAUUUGAGAGUAAGAAAUUUAAUUCAUCUCAGUUUUACAUACCAAAACCUAAAGAAAAAGUAUUACAUUCGCAAAAUGUAUUUCAACGUAAACGCGUGCAAUUUUUGGUAGAAAGUGAUGAAACGAAAGUAAUUUAUACUGCAGAACUUAAUCUAGAACAAAAUAUAAUAUCUGAGAAAGUUCCAGAAGUAAUCGUCGAAUCAGAAGAAGAUAUAGUGGCAAAGGGAGAUGUGGUAAGCCAUAGCUUAAACGAGGAAACUGAAAUUUCGCAGCUUAUAAAUCAAGAAAUAAGAAGUGAAACGAGAGUUUACGAAGACAUACAAAUAAAUAAUAUAUUUCAAACAUUUACUGAUGAUAAAGCCCAGAUUCAUAUUUCGACUGCUGAGCACGACGUAUUUAAAGUUUCUAAUACUGUGGCUAAUACAGAAGACAAUGACAUUCCUAAAAUACCAGUGCUACGGCGAUCUGAAUCGGAACGGUUGACACCAACUGUUACAGUAUCUCCACCAAAAUUCAUAGAUACUAUGGCUUUGCGGCCCAAAAGCAAACAUGGGCAUACCAGCCAAGUAUUUUUGUCUCCUGUCAAAGAAACUGAUACUAAUCAUCUUCAUAAUAUUGAAUCUGUAUCCCUAGAAAACUCAAUUAAACAAGAUAUUUCAAAUACUGAUAACAAUGAUGCUGGAAAUUUGAGUGAUAGUAGUGACAUAACAAGUAAAAUUUUGAAAAACUUACGACGGGGAAUUUCUGAAUCUCCUGAACCUCCACCAAGGCUUAAGGCAAAAGAUCGCCUAAAAUCAAAGAAACACACCUACGUGAAAACUCGAUUCGUGCGAAACAAUUCUGCAAGUUCUACUAGUGACGAGUGGUCAGACGCUAAUGACAAUGAACAAAAAACCGUUCUUAAAGUAAAGCAAUUUGAUUCGGAUGAAGCCGAUGAAAACAAAAGUAUCAGUCUUUCAAAACUUAACGAAAUUGAACCCAGGAAAACUUCAAUUCAAAUAAAUGGCAAUGAAUGUUAUUCUACAAUGAAUGUUAACAGUGAUACGCCUAUCUACUUAUCAUCCGUUGUGGUAAACGAUGAUUUUGGAAAUACUUGUAGUACAUAUCAAACUGGUACAACAGUUACAAUUAGCGUCGGCACACCACAAAAAGAAAUAAAAAAAUCAAAAAGUCAGAUUUAUAUAGGGGCAGUAUUAUCAAAUACAAAUGAAACAAGAGAAGACUCAAAUACAUACGAAGAAUAUUUUAACGAAAACACUGACAAGACAUCGAGGACUACUAAUGAAAAUUCAAAUGAUAUAUCAUCAAUACUAGGCGAUCCAGUGGAGGCUGUAAAAAGAAAUUUAGUUCCCCAUGUUUGUGGCAAAAAUGAUGAUAUUUAUACAAAACAACCUGAAGAUGGUAAUUUUGUUACAAAACUUUUUGACGACCCUUUCUUUGGUCACUUGGCAGAAGGACUUGAUUCCGACUUGGUAAAGAAAUUAAUUGAAAAUUCCUUAAUAAAACUUCAAGAAACAAAACAUCAAGAAGGAUCCGAAAAGAUGAAGAUUGAAAAGCUUAUAGAAAGUUCCCUCAAAAGCUUAAAACAAGAGAAAAAUAUAUCUGACAGCAAUAUCACAGUAAAUGAUGCAGCAAAAAAUAAGGCAAAUAAUAAAAAUGAUGAAAUUAAAAAAGAAGAAAUAACCGAAGAGUCUCUCGGCACCGACAAUGAUGACCAUGGCUGCUCUGCUCCCUAUGAAAGUAUGGAGUACGAGAGCGGGGUCGUUGGUACUUUUUCUGAUCUCGAACCGAUGUCUGAUUGUUAUAACGCAUCGGCAAGUGAACUAUCAACAGAAGACGACACUAAUUCUACAAGAUCAAAAUUUUACCAAAUGUUAGUUGAUGCUGCAUUAUGCGAAAUCGAAAUCGGAAAUAACACUGACGAUGAUCAUCAUUAUGAGUCGAUUCGUCUUAACAGUGAUCCAAUAUAUGAAGAAAUAGGUGACAUGCCACCACCAUUACCCGUUAAUCCUCCACCUAAUUCAUUAAUGCUUAUUGAUGACGAGAAACGAAGUGGUUCAAGAUCUAUUUUUGAAGGAGCGUCAAAGUAUGAUAUAUUGUCAUAUUUAGUUGAUGCAAAAGAAAGAGGUAUUGAUGAUGAAGAAACAUACAUAACCAAUUAUGCAAGUGGUAAUAAUAACUCCAAUAUGAUGGAUGAAACUCAAAAUAAACAUAAUUCUAAUAGGAUUAAUGAUACGCAUUUAAGCAGUAACACGAGUCACUUGUCAAAUGCAUCAGACUCAAGCGAAGAUAAUUCAUUAAUAAUCAGUCAUGAGAGUUUGGAGAAAAACGUAGUGUGUAAGAAAACAUCGGCGGAAAUUGAAAGGAAUGAUUCUGGUGUCGGUUCUGAGACAAGUAAAUCAUCGAGAAGCCGGCUGCAAGGAAAAACUUCACCUUGUGGUACAAUCACUGACACGCCAAUUCAUCUAUGUGAAGAUUGUGAUUCAGCAGUGGAAACUCAGGUUACUGAACAAGGAUCUAUAUACGCGCCAUUAGUUUGUCGUAAAUGCGCAAAGAAGCGAGCUGAAAGAAAAGAAAUACUGACAGAAAUUGUAGAGACUGAAGAAAAAUACGGCCGGGACUUACAAAUUAUACUAGAAGAAUUUUAUAAACCCAUGUUAGUUGCGGGACUUUUAACACAGGAACAACUGAGUGCUAUUUUUUUAAACGUAGAAGAGCUCAUUGACAAUAAUCAAGUUUUGUCUGAAAAAUUACGUGACGCUCUAGAAAUUGCACUUGAUCAAGGGGAUGAGGAUUUGCUCACAGUUAACGUUGGAAAGAUUCUUAUUGAAUGUUCGGGCAUGCUAACAGCAUUUCAGUCAUAUUGCGUGAAGCAAGCAGGUGCUGCAUUGCUACUAGCUGGACUUGAGAAGGAGAAGGAACUCCUGAGGAUAUUCUUACGCGUCUCACAGAUGGAAAACACGGUUUUGAGGCGUAUGAAUUUAAACUCAUUUCUCAUGGUACCAGUACAACGCGUGACAAAAUAUCCCCUCCUUCUCUCGCGGUUGCACCGUGCUACUGCCGCGUGCGCAACCGAACGCGAAGAUGUACGCGCGGCUCAGCGAUGCGUGGAAUCCAGACUGGAAGAGAUCAACGCUGCAGCCGCCGCCGCAGCAGCAGCGGCGCGUGAUGUGCCUCUGUGGAGGCGGCUGGCGGCAGCGCGUCGUACAGCGCAUGAUCUCCACGUGGCUGACAUCAGAUUGAGGAAGAUGGCAGUCGACGUACUAGAUUGGAACCACGACGAUGCCAGGUUCGCAAUGGAAGGCAAACUGCUGUUCACCCAGCCAAACGACAACAACUGGCGGAAGGGACGCACCAUCAAACUGACUCCAAUCAACGCCCUUUUGGUGACUAACGGGAAGCCAACGACUACUCACAAAACGAACGAGAUUCGUGAAACAAGGGAAGCGCGGGAUCGAGAAGCGCGCGAGAGAGAAGGAGAGGCGCUAUUCGCUCGCAGCGGAGUGAGAGAGGCCGCUCUCCUGCUGGUGCGGGAGAAGGCCGGCCGAUACACACUACAGAGGGAGCCACUGUUCUUAGAUAGAUGUGUCGUCGCCGCUGACCACGAGCCCGAACACUUCUUCGAAGUUCACGAGAUCACCACCAAGGAUUCUUAUAUAUUUAAGGCGGAAGAGAACGCGCGGACUCGAACUUGGUACCGCCAGUUGCAAUAUCACGCACAGGGGGCUGGCGCUUGGCGCAAGCGACGCAACGCGCUCGCUAACAUAAUGAUCAACCCGAUGCUCACGAGGAACUAG